AUGAAUCAACCUCCACCAAAUCAACAAUUUCAGCAACAGAUCUCAGCUGAGCAUAUAAAUUUCAUCAAUGGCACAAAUAAUAUCUUCAAUCAACAAUUGCCUCAGCAACAACCUCCAGCUGCAAAUAUAAACCAAUAUGGAGUAAAAAUAUCUGAUGCCGCACAAGAACCAAAAAUAGAAGUUAUAUAA